AUGACAGGAUCAAGACUCACCGGUAAGGUUGUCAUCAUCACUGGCGGCGGCCAUGGCUUUGGCGAAGGUAUUGCUCGGAAAUUCGCUCAAGAGGGUGCCAAGGUCUUAAUUACAGACAUCAACGAGAACGACGGACAAAGGGUUGCCCAAGAUGUGCCUGAAUCCAUCUCAUUCUUCAGGGCAGACGCAGCGAGUGCAGACGACUGGGAGAAAUUGAUGGACGCGGCGCAGUCCCGGUAUGGGCGGAUAGACUGCCUGAUCAACAACGCCGGCACAACUUAUAGAAACAAGCCCACACUAGAGGUAACGAAGGCUGAGUUUGACAGGGUCUUCAACGUCAAUGUCAAGGGAAUCUUCCUGGGGACUGCGGCGUUCAUGCCUAGAGUCAUCAAGCAGGGGGAGGGUGGUGUCAUGUUGAAUAUUGCUUCGAUUGGAGCAGUGCGUCCCAGACCAGGCCUCGUAUGGUACAACGCCUCCAAAGGGGCAGUGUGCACGGCAACGAAAGGGCUCGCAGCCGAGUACGGUACUCACCAAAUCCGCGUGAACUCCGUGUGCCCUCUCCUAAGCGGCACCGGGCUGUUCGAAUCCUUUGCUGGCCAGGCCGACACACCGGAGAACCGCUUGAAGUUCAUUGACAACGUUCCCCUCAAGCGACUAUGCGAGGUAUCCGAUGUAGCAGAUACCUGCCUAUUCUUAGCCUCUGAUGAAAGCAAGUUCAUCACCGGCAUUAAUCUGGAAGUUGAUGGUGGUAGAGCUAUUUGA